AUACUGUAGAUGCUGUUAUUGGAUUUACAAGUCAAACAUAUGAUGUCCCAGAGGACCAGAAGGCCCAAAUUUCAAUCGGAUUUACACGAGGCGAAGCAACAUCACCCGUCACCGUCCGGUUAGUCUCUAAUAUAUAGGAUUGACUCUAUCUACGAUAUCACCCCUUUUUUCGCGCGCUAUAUGUUUUUUAAUUAAGUAAAUAUUUUUGUAAAUAUUGUUUAUUAAUUAUUAAAACUUUAUUUAACAUGAAAUUCAUUCACAAUAUAUGCUCUAAGAAUAGAAAUAUUUACAAAGUUUUUAAAGUUUCAAAAAUUAACUAUAAUAAUGCCAAAUAUGAUGUUUGCCUUAAAAUGUUUUUGAAAGUCGCUACAGAAUGAUGUAGCAAUAAUUGCUUCAGCGUACAGUUAGGCUGUUCCACAGGACAGAUCUUUUAUAAAUAAAGCUUUUCUUCAGUGACUCAGUCAAAGAUCGAAGGGACGAGUAAUCCUCCACACCUCGUUGACCCAUGACGUCAUCCCUCCAAUAUAUGAUAGAUACUGUUCGUUUCGACUUUAGAUAACCUCUGAUAAAGACAUUACAUCGGAGUAUCGAAACGUUGGGUCGUGAAUAUAAUUUCUUCGUGGGUGGCAUUUAUCUACUUUAAUAACUAGAGUGUCAAGCAAAAACAUUAAAUAUUGUACCUGGUUAGCGUGAAUUCACAAAUUUAAAAUCAUUCGUAGACAAUAAUUGUUAAUAACUCUUCAUUUGUACUUACAGCCUAGCCACAAGUCCUACAACUGCAAGUGAUGAAGAUUUUAAGUCCAGAGAAGUAGAUGUAACAUUUCAACCAGGAGAAACUGGUCCAAAAGUUGUUGAAAUUGACCUGGUUGAUGAUUUACUAGUUGAAGCAAUGGAAUCAUUCAACGUUUCGAUCGUUUCUACCUCAAAUCCAGCUGUUUCGUUAGAAAAUCCAGCAAUAGUGAACAUUUUGGAUAACGAUGGUAAAACAACUGUUUUAAGUGCACCAAAAUAAAGAUUAAGGUGCCUCCUACUGUUUUCUGACAAGAGGAAAUUUAAGUCUCGGGGAGGAAUUUUUUACUAUUUGCUUUCCUAAACAAGAAAUACUUGUAUCUUUGUUACAAAAAACAGUACACGAAAAAAAGUUGACGCCACUGACGUUGCAACUUUCAAAAAAUCGUCAGUGUAGGUUUUUAAAAAUUUAUUCAAAACUUCAUUAAUAAUUCAUGAGGAAAACACACAAAUCGUAUCUUUAUAUGUAAUAGAGAUUUCCCUUGAUUUAUACAUAUACUUUGACUUCAAUUUUCUCGACUUACACAACGUAUUUUUUGAGAAUUAAUUCGCAAAUAAAGUUACUGGAUCGAUCGUUUUUGACAAUUUAAAACAUUCGCAGUGCGUGUUUUAUCAGACCUAAAGAUACUCUACUUCGCCUCGUAUCUUUAUGUCUGAUAAAACACUGCUGCUCAUGUUUUAAGGCAAGCUUUAAAAGUACUGUCAAUGUCUGCUUUAGACAGGCAAAGACAGAUAUAGUUAAACAGGAAAGACGUCCAUUAAUGCCAUAGGGGUGGACAGUGCCAAGUUUGGAAAUGAGGCGCAUUUCGUGUCUUUUGCGGCUACCGUUGCUACCAGAAAUGGGACAGAGAACUCGAAUUUCCAUAUCUGAAACCAGUAUUAAAAUAUCUUGCAACAGGCUGGUUAGCAUCGUUGCCAAUGACUGCACGCCGAUGCUCACCAAACCUUGUCCUCAAAGGUCUCCAAUAUGAAGCAAUAUAAAGCAUGCCACAUCUACUGCAUGAGAUGUAGUAGAUGAGGUGGGAGAAGGUGCACGUGAAAUGGUGCAUAUUGAAACGUCAUUGUUAUCACAGCAACGGCGGUUACGUCAUUUUUGGUAAAAAGUUCGUAUUCUUCGGCAUACGGGUGUAUUUUCUAUAACUCGGAUAUAUACUAUUUACUAUUCAACAAACAACUGAUAACGCGACCAGAGCAAUAACUUCUAACGUUUUACAAAUCAUCUUUCAUUUGCAGAAGCUGUUAUUGGUUUCACCCAAGACGUUUACGAAAUAACUGAGGGUUCAGGAAAAGCUAGGGUUGAAGUCGGUCUCCUUUCUGGAAAAACCGCUGUUCCAGUUACAGUUAGGUAAGAUUAAUUGAAAUAACAACCAUUGUUAUAUAGCUAUUGGGUGAACACCUUACUCAAUUGGUUGAUUUGUGGUCACGCAGCUUUAGAUAAAUGCAAUUGUUGUUAAAUUGUUGCCCGCCCUGACCAGCUAGCUACGUACAUAAAUAAACAAAAUAGCGGACCAACUCGCAAGUUUAUAAACUACGAUUUUCCUAGCCUGCGAACAAGCUGAAUUGAGAGCCUCAUCAAUGACUAAUAAAUUUGAAUAUCUGCGUCUCAAAUCGUGACGCGAAAUUCUCAUUGGUCAGAUGCUAUAAUUUAUAUGUUUCCGCUGAGCUCUAUAUAUGUCAACUGCUGAAGCACUAUGCAUAAUAUACGUUUUGAGAAAACAGUAUUUAAAACAUUUGAACUUUUGCUUGAACAUCUUAUAUUUCGAAAAACAGUAUAAACUGUAUGGUCUAAAAUCUAAAUUUAGUUUGCACGAAAGUUGUAAACAAAACCAUAUAAGGAUAGAUAUUCCAUAUUUGGAAAAACGAACGUUACGGGGCAGAUAUUCAAAUUUAUUAGUCAUCGAUGCAGGCUCUCAAUUCAGCUUGAGAGCCUGUUCGCAGGCUACGAUUUUCCAGGUUUGUGUUUAAAUCAAAAAAUGUAAAAGAGAAGAAAAUACACAACAUGCAACAUGAAUAACAUGAUAUGCUGCCGAAACCGUUUAAUUUAAGUAGGUUAUUUUACUUUUCAUUCGUUUACGCUAUAGAUAUUUUGUCAUCAAAUAUAAUUGUUAUAUAGCAAGUGUCAAAGUUUAAUUUCCUGUUUGCCUACAUAUAUUGCCUACAUAUAUAUAUACAUAUAUGUACUAUAUAACAAAACACUUAUUUACUGAGACCUCGGGAAAGCAGUGUGUUUUGUGGCCUUUCCACCACCUUGAUCAACUCGAGUCCACAAAACACACUGUUUCCCUCAGUCAUGCACAUGCAGUAAAUAAGUGAUAGGCCUAAGGCCACUAAAAAAAUUACUUGUUUAGCGUCCCCGCCCGACCUGAUAAAAGUCCCCGACCUCCAAUUUUUUUUUCAAAAUCCGUCCGAGUUUAGUGCAAAAACUCUCUAUAAAAAAGACCGUUUUACUUGAAAAAAUGGUGAUUUUAUUCUUCCGGGAGGCGGGAACUAUGUAAUACGUUUACACAAAGUAUUUCCUUCCCAGAAUAUGCCUGUUCGCAGGUAAAGUGUUCGCGCGUGACCGCCAAACGGUAAUUUUCUGUUUUAUUAAAAACAUGAACGGUAUUAAAAAACAUGAACGGAUUUUGAAAGAAUUAAAGUGAGUUUUGACUGUGGUAGUAUACUGGAUUUCCUGCAUUUAGCAGAAUUUUGUAUAGCAUUUUACGAAAAAAAAAAAUCCAGCCCGCCCGACCUAGAAAAAUUGAAAUGGGAGGACGCUAAACAAGUAAUUUUUGAUGUGGCCUAAUUGCUAUACGAAUAUUAAUGUUGAUUUUUCUUUCCUCUCCAUAUAACAAAUUAAUUUAAAACACUCAUAGUUUUGUUUCCACUCGAAUCUCAGGUUUUCAUGCGCAUAUGCAUGCAGUAAAAGUGUAAUGUUUGAAUUAAUUGGGCUGCGAUUUUCUUUUCACGCGCCUUACUGAUUUUCACAUGUUAUUUAUUAUUUCAAUACAAAUACAGACACGUGCAGGAACUUGUUGGUGGGAAAUAUAAAAUUGAAGCUUCGAUUUCAUCCUUCAUCCUAAAAAUUUCAAAUAUCGAUAUUAAAUAGAACAAUUUGACAAGAUAUUAGUUCAUCUUUAUUCCAAAGACCACAGCGUAUAUAUUUUCAUGGUUGGUAAUGGCAUAUUUUCAUACAUACGUAUCUAUUUAAUAAACUGUACCAGUCAUUAAAUUAAUGAAAAGUUGAUCAUAGUUUUCAAACUAUUUUCUUUUUUAGCUUUACAACAAAUGCAGGCACUGCUGGUGAGGACGAUUUUGAUGCAAAGACAAUGGAUAUAACGUUUGAACCUGGUGAAACGGAAAAGUGGGUAGAAAUCGAUAUAACUGAUGAUAAUCUGUUAGAACCAACCGAAUCCUUUGGAGUAUCCUUGGUGUCUUCUUCUGUGGAGGCUGUGAAAUUGGGAAAUCCAUCUUCUGUGAAUAUUCUUGAUAAUGAUGGUAAAUAUGUGCUCAUAAUAGAGUAA